AUGCGAGUACUCAUCACAGGCGCUGCCGGUUUCAUCGGCCAGAUUGUCGCCCGCAAAUUAUUGGAAGACAAAACCAAUGAGCUCAUUCUUACCGACAUCGCCGAACCACCCAUACCCAGCUCAAGUUCUCAUGGCAACGUCAAGCUUAUCAAAGCUGACCUAGUCGAUGAAGCGGCAAAGGUGAUCCCAGAGAAUCUUGAUGCGGCAAUACUCCUUCAUGGUAUCAUGAGUUCCGGCGCCGAGGCAAACUUCGAACUCGGCUAUCGCGUCAACGUCGACGCAACGCGCUCGGUCUUGAACCUACUCGCCAAGGCAUGCCCGGGCGUGCGCGUUCUCUACGCAUCGAGCGAGGCCGUGUAUGGAAGGCCGGUGCCCUCGCAGAACGUCACGGAAGACGAUAUACCGAGUCCGGAGAUGUCCUACGGUUGUCAGAAGGUCAUCUGCGAAACCUUCAUCAAUGACUACACCCGCCGGAACCUGAUCAACGGCUUCUCGCUGCGGUUCCCCACCAUCUCCGUUCGGCCCGGCCCGCCCAGCACGGCAGUUUCCAGCUUUCUUUCGGGUGUGAUUCGAGAGCCUUUAAAUGGCCAGAAAUGCAUCAUUCCUUUGAAAGACCGAGCUUGGCGUCACUGGAUGUGCUCUCCCAGCACACUGGUCCACAACCUGAUGGUGGCGUUGAUCAUACCGAGAGAUGUUCUGCCCCCGCAUAGGAGAGCCGUUAAUAUGCCCGGUUUCGGCGUGACGGUGCAAGACAUGUUGGACGCGCUGGAGGAGGUUGGUGGGAAGGAUAAGCUGAUGUUGGUUGAGGAAAGGGAAGAGCCGGAGCUAACAUCUUUGCUGUACUCAUGGGCAGAUCAUUUUGACAAUAGCCUGGCUACGUCAUUGGGGAUGAAGCAAGACACUUCGUUUGUUCAGUCGGCGACAGAGUAUCUGGAGAAUCUGGAUGUUUCAGGAUGA